AUGGAACUCAAUAACAAUCCUAGCUCAUCAAUAUCGUCUUCUCUUUACAAAAAUUCGCUACAACUGACGUCAUUUUACACCAUUUACGAAAGUAACAAUUUAGUUGUAUUCUGGGAUUACAAUGAUGAUAACAUUAUUCUUGAUAUUACCGAGUUUCAAAUAAUUCUUGAACAAGAAUUCGCUGCUGAUCAUACAAGAAAUUCAAAUAUGAUUGCAAGACGAAGUGGUUCUUUAUUGCCGGGUAUCAAAAAAUACAUUAUUCGACAUGUUCAACCAAAUACCAAAUAUUUUGUUUGUAUAUGUAUUACACGUCUUGGUCGUGAUACUGAUAAAUAUUGUCGUGAUAUUCUAACCAUAACAUUACCAGUAACAACAGAUUAUCGACUUCUACAAUCCGCUUCCACUUCAACAUCUAAUUCUCUUUUAUGGAAUAUAUUAUUGAAUAAAUCCGUUUUAUUCGGUUUUCUGUUUGGUACAAUAAUUACAACCACUUUUUUAUUGAUAUUAGCCUUAACAUGUCGUAAAAUACAUAAAUAUCGAAAAGAAAAAUCAAAAACAGCCAAUUUAUUCGAACAACAUUAUAUGUACGUUGAUGGAAAUUAUUCAAAUUCAAUCUGUGAACAUCAUCAUGGGAAAAAAGUAUAUGAUUAUUUAAAAUAUCAACCUAAAACAUCUCGAAAACGUCAUUUAACAUGCCUGGCAUCUUGUUUUCGAAAACAUUCUAUUGAUCAUCGACAACUAUCAUCCACUUCAUUUCCCACUACACCAAAAAACAC